AUUGGGUUUUUAAGAAACAUCGUACCCCAGAAGACCAGUCUGAAUAAAGCACUUGUUCGGACACGACUCGAGCAACCGUCUCACAGCCAGUUGUACCAGGAUAUAAACAGUAUAAAAGUUUCAGUGUAAAACAGUGUUAUGAAUUCUUUUGGAAAAGAAGCUUUGGAGGCUCACAAUAAGUUUCGCGCUGCUCACCAAGCUCCACCACUGACAUGGUCUAGCGCCUUAGCACAAGAUGCUGAGGUCUGGGCAAAGAAAAUCGCAAAAAAAGGUCGCCUCGAACAUGACGACACCAAAGAUGGAGAAAAUAUCUAUAUGGUGUGUGGACGCGAAAUUGACGGCACCGAUGCUGUAAACAGCUGGUACAGCGAAGUCAAGGAUUAUAACUUUGGUAAACCUGGAUUUCAGUCAAACACCGGUCACUUUACGCAAGUUGUGUGGAAGAGCAGCGAAGAGCUGGGCAUUGGAAGAGCUAAGAGUGCCGACGGUAAAGAGUUUGUGGUUGGUCGUUACAAGCCAGCAGGAAACAUGAUGAGGGCCUUUGCGGAGAAUGUUCUCCCUUCCAAAGAUGGGCCUGUUAAAAUUCCUGAGAAGGAAUCAGCCAGUAAACAAGGUUCCGUGCCCGUGUACCGGCGGCAGAAACACGAGGAAAGACCAACACAAGGAGUUGAGACGCGGACAGAGGAAAAGACUAUCAUACUCCCAGAUGGUACAAAGAAGACUGUUUUGUCCACCGUGACUGUGACCCUAAAAGGAAAUGAUCAAGGUGGUUAUUCCAGGGAAACAGUGACGACAAUAUCAGAAACCAGAAAACAGGACAAUUUUGCUCAAGACAUGAAAACAGCACUUCCUCAAGGUUCUCCACGUACUCAAGACCCAAAGGAUUCUAAGAGUUCUUCAAGUACAGGAGGACCGAAAGCCCCCUGUUCUGUGCCACAAACCGGUUUUGCAAAACAGGCCCUUGAUGCUCACAACAAAUACCGUGCCAAGCAUCGAGUGUCACCACUGACCUGGUCGGAUGAGAUUGCAAAGGAAGCGCAGGCCUGGGCCGAGAAACUGGCACGUGCAGGUAAACUUCAGCACGCUUCGCAAGCGGAACGUAAAGGGUACGGUGAGAACAUAGCCAUGUUCUCUGGAAGGUUUGAAACAGCUGCUGAUGAAGCGACAAACAUGUGGUACAAUGAAGUCAAAGACUACAGAUUCGAUAAGCCUGGUUUCCAAGGCAACACUGGGCAUUUCACGCAAGUGGUGUGGAAGAAGAGUAGUGAGUUGGGAAUGGGUAGGGCUCAGACCGCUGACGGUAAGCUGACGUACGUUGUGGCAAGGUACAAUCCUGCAGGGAAUAUGUUAAAUCAUUUUCAAGAAAAUGUUUUCAAAGGAUGAGAGGAGAAAAAAAGUUGAAUUUAAACGAAUGGUAUUUGUAGAUCAUCAAGUUGUAGAUCAUUAGCGUAAAAAAAUAGUACGAAAACAAAACAAAACAAUCAAACGAAGCGGAACAAAAAUAGCUACAUUUUAGGGGAAGGGUAAAAUUUCAGACAAAGCUGUCAAGUUUGUGCUUACUUUCUGUAUGUUGAUAAUAAAUAUUUGGAUAAUUGAAAUGAUAUCAUGAAGCUAUCAUUUUCACAAGAAAGGUGUUUUUUUUUUCAUAAUUUGGGAAUUAAGGACAUCAGCAGCCACAAAAUUAAUCUGAAAAGGUACCAUCUUUCUAUAAAAGUAAAUAAAAAACCGUAGGAAAACAAGGGAUAAAAACCCCCAAAAUUGUAGAAUUUCUGUCCCUAAUUUGAGCCAAUUUAAAUAGUCAUAGCUCAUUCUUUAUGAAAGGAUGAAAGGAAUUCAUUACAUUGCAAUCCAGUAACGGCGCCAUAAGGGAAGAAAAUGUGAAAAAAAAAAGAAUAGUUUACUCACUUCACCGGAAUUAAUAAAUCUCUUUUCCGGAAUUAAGGGCCAAAUCUUCACCUUCAUUCAUUGUGAUUGUAAACAUUCAUUAACUGCUUGUUAUACUAAAAGGAUAACUUUUGAAAUAAUGACAGAUUUAAGCAAUUAAAUGCCCAGUGGGGUAGCUUACCAUUGUAUUAGAUGAAAGAGAAAAUAAACUGCAUUUUGAAAAU